GUCGAAGUUGGUCCCGAUAGCGCCGGAGCGGCUCUCGAUGCAGGCGACAAAGAGGCCUGACAGACGCACCUAUUGGUGUGUGGGGAUAGUACGCGGCUUCUGGUGUUACCUUCACUGAGACAGAGGAUUUGCAAGACUCCGAGACAGGACUCUGAGACAGUAUGAAGAUCCAGACUGGCGCAGGAGCCGAGUGCGGCACGGCCGCGGACAGGGAGCAGCUGGUGCCACCUGUCGGCCGCAGGAGAAGGCGAGCUUUGCUCGGUGACUGGCAGACGGCGCUGCAGGCGGUCACCAUCUUCAUCAGCCUCACGAGUCUCACGCUGAGCAGUGUGGUGUUCAUGGUGCUGCUCUAUACACCGGCCUCCACCACGCCGAUGGGCCAGGCGCGCGACAUGAACGACCUCCGUGAGGUGGUGGACAUGCAGCGUCAGAUGAUCGCCCGACUGCAGCGUGAGGACAACUAUCAGGAUGCCAGGCAGAAGGCGCUGCAGUCGGCGCUUGCCGCCAGCGGGCUGAUCACUGAUGACGUCCGGGCUCGUCUGGAGGGCAUUGAGCGCGCUCUCAUGGCAAAGGAGCAAACCGAAGUGUCGGCCGACAUUGCUGAGUUUGUCGACAUGAGCAAGCAAGAUGAUAAAUCGUCUCUGAUUGGUCGACCCGACGGACACGAGCGAGGAAGCGACUCGCUCAUUGGUCGCCCUGACGGUCACGAGAGGGGCCACGAUUCGCUGAUUGGUCGACCUGAUGGUCACGAGGACUUCCUUCGGGAAUCCAAAGAAAGUUCCGAGGAGGAUGACGAAUCGUUUAUGGCUAUGCUCGCCUAAAUUUUGGUGUGAAAAUGUGACAGUAAUUUUAUGAAAAGUCUGUCAUAGGAUCUUGUAGUACAGGUGAUUGCUGUGCUUACAACCGGGAUUAAUUCAAAGCCUAACAAUUUCGUGAUAAGGCUAUGAGCUUCACGUUACGUGCUUUGUGCUCGCUAUAGGGAAUAUGUCAUCCAGUUUGAAACAUUUCAUUUGUGAAUCAGGCUAGGACGAUACCUGAAUUUAUAUAACCAAUUUUUUGUCUCUUUCAUUCACUUUUGGCAUUUCCACUGAUAAUCAAGUUCCACGAUCAUUCGUUCAUCCAUGCAUAUGAUUGGUGCUUAGAUGUUUGUUUUUUCCGACGAUUAUAUGUCUGUAGAAAAAGCCAUGUUGUAUAUCAACUAUCAGGAAAUACAACUUUAAUCCAUGA